AUGUUGCCAGUAAAAGGGCAAGCUGAGAUCAUUCAGAAGGUCUGUGGGGCCAUUGACAAGUAUGAAUCCAAGCUCAGUGAGAUCAAUCAAAAGAUCUGGUCCAAUCCCGAGCUUGCAUUGAAAGAGUACAGCGCUCACGACAAUAUCUGCAAGCUUUUCGAGUCACUUGAUGCUGGAUACCAGGUUCAGAGAAAGGCUUAUGGCAUUGAGACGGCAUUCGAGGUGAUCUACAGCCAUGGUGAAGGUGGGCGUACCAUGGCUUUCAACGCAGAAUACGAUGCCCUUCCAGGCAUGGGGCAUGCGUGUGGACAUAACUUGAUCGCUACAAGUUCGAUCGCGGCCUUCCUAGCUACUUGUGAGGCGAUGGACACUCUGUACUCCGAUGAAAUUGGUUAUUCCAUUCGGCUACUAGGGACUCCUGCGGAGGAGGGUGGCGGUGGAAAGCUUCUGCUCAUCAACGCGGGAGCAUACAAAGACGUGGAUGCAUGUUUCAUGGUCCAUCCAUUCCCGGUGCUUUCCGGCGCCCCUGAUCUUAUGAGCUCGAGUUCCUGCACCGGGCAGUAUCUCGCAAACGACAAGGUUAAGGUCAUGUUCACUGGCAAGCCCGCACAUGCAUCGGCUGCUCCGUGGGAAGGUAUCAAUGCUCUAGACGCAGUGGUGGCCGCCUAUGUGAACAUCUCAAUGCUACGACAGCAGAUCUUGCCUACGCAAAAAAUACAUGGAGUUAUUUCACAGGGUGGAGAUAGGCCGAAUGUCAUUCCUGCCUCGACGACGGUUGAAUACUAUAUUCGAUCGGAGACUGUGAAGACGCUCAAACCGUUGACUGAGAAAGUACUCAAAUGCUUUGAAGCUGCUGCGACUGCUACAGGCUGCACGGCGGAAUAUGAAUGGGAGGCCGCGUACAAGGAUAUGAAAAUUAAUAAGCCUAUCUGUGACAGCUACGUCUCCGCUAUGAAUGCCAUGGGCCACAGUACUAUCUUCGAUGCCGCAGGGCAGGUAGGAGGCCUUAGCGGAGGAUCAACUGAUAUGGGCAAUGUCUCGUAUGAAGUACCUGGUUUCCACGGUGGGUUCUAUAUUUACGCAGAUGGUGUCAAUCACACGCCCGAAUUUACUGCCGGGGCUGGAUCCGAAGAGGGAUUCAAGCGUAGCUUGCACUGUGCAGCAGGAAUGGCCGUGGUGGCAUGCAGAGCUUUAGUCGAUACAAGUUUCGCCACUGCCAUCAAGUCGGACUUCGAGAAAGGCUUAGAGUUCUGA